UAUUCACACAUGUGAGUGAGCUGAUAGCGUGAAAAAUGUUUAUUUUCGUUUUGAAAAUUUUAUAAAAAUAACUUGUUAAAAUGGAAACUAACAUAUUAAACCAAUUUGCGGUUAAUUAUAAACAAAUACUCAUUGAUGAAAUUGCUUUAGAAGGCCUUGAGGGGAUUUCAGUGGAUCUUUUAUGGAGGCGAUUACGAAAAUGUUUGUCUGCAGAAAUCACCCACAAGAUGAGAGCCCGAUAUUGGACAUAUAUUGUGAAUUGUGGCAAGGUUUCUGUCUACGAGUUACCAGAACCCCUGCCACAUGUCCAAUUACUUGAUAGAUAUGAAAUUGUUGAUGAGAAUUCUGGUCACCUGAAAGAGCCUGACUGCUAUCUCGACGGCCCUUACGAAUUCAAACCGAUUGAAGGAGAAUUUGGCUCCUCAAAAUAUUAUGACACAAGAAAAUUAAUUCCCACUGAAGUAUUAAAAAGUAAACCGUAUGCUGCUAUUAUAUCGGAAUAUGGAGACACCUUAGCUCUGGUUGCUAAGAAGGAGCACAGGUGGCGAGCCUUGGCCCCACAUAUGCCAAUAUCUUAUUUAGCUCAGAUGACGAGCGUUCAUUACUGUAUGUUGGAGUUGAUAGGAAAGUCUAGAAGUAAUGGCCAAUCAACAGUUGGUCUUACAAACCUAAAUAAAAUAACCAAAGACCCAAAAGCACUGUUCUAUAUCCGGAAGUAUUUACAUGGCUUAGACUUGAUUGGAUCUCGCACUAUCACAAUGGUUAUAGCGGGAAGAGGAACUAAAGUGUUGCUGGUCCGAUUAAAGAGGUUCAACCAACCAACAGUUCUCACAAUGCCUAAACAGGGUGUCCUACAUGAUGUCAUAGAAUAUUUGAUGAAAAAACCAGAUUACAGUGAGAAAAUUGAAGUUAUCUUGAAAAAAGGACUAAUCACACAGAAACAGAAUAGGAGAUUGCAGAAAACUGUGAACAUCUUCAAUUUUGAAGAGAGAACUGUCAUAGCUGAGGAGAAAGGAAAGAAAACAAAGGGUAAUCUGAAAAGAAAGUUCAUUUUCCUAUCGUCUAAAAGUGACGAGUCCUCCGAAUCUGAUGAAGACUCACAGGAACCUCCGCUUAAGUGCCAAUACAAAGUUGGUGUGAGCCUCAUGAGACAGGCUUAUGAACGAGUCUUAGAUGCUGGGCUUGAAGGCCUAACGCAGCUCCAACUCGCCCAAUUGUUGGGUAUUGAGUUUUAUACCAGUAGAAGCAUUUGCAAAAUCUUCAAGCAACGGAAUAUUGUUAGGGAGUACUUAGAGGAUAAAGGAAAACAAAGGACUGCUAGGUAUAUUGCUAUAGCUGCGACUGGAGAGAUGGAUGUCAAAUAUGCAGAAGAAAAGAAGAAAUUCCUAGAAUACUUACAAAAGAAUAAAAGUAAUGAUGAACCAACACAGGAAGAGGUUCCACAAGUACCGGCAACAUCAGAAGAUGAUGACAUACCUCUCAAGAGAAUAAAACUUGAAAAAGAAAAAGUACCUGAUAUCGAAGUUAACAACCAAUCAAACCAACCAAACCAAAAUAAAGAUAAUUCUGAUGAGGCAAAUACAAAUAUGGACGUUGAUACAGUUGAUGCAGAACAUGUAAUUACCGAAGUUAAAGUCCUUGAAGGCUUUCAGAGCGCAAAGACGCUAGGAACGUUCAAGAAAAACCCCACGCUAAGACAGUUGACAUUUGCUAAUGGUAUUUUCAAAGUGCUGAAAGAUAGACAAUUUGUUUGUGGGUAUAUCACACUAAGCAAUUUAGUUGCCAAAGAAAUAAAUGAACCGCCCAUGGACUCGAAAGCACUGAAAUCAUUUAUACAGAAGCUGGUCACAGAUGGGCAUAUCAAAAUUUAUAAAAUGAAAUGGCCUGGCGUACAAAAAUAUUCAGUGUUAAUUUGCGCUCCCCAUGUAAAGCCAACAGAUCCUUUAAUGAAAGCGAAAUACAAAGAGAUAUGUAUGAGAGCCGUCGCAACUAAAAAAAUGAACAUCAAAAAAGAUAAUUCAGAAGGGGGAGUCCCAUGUCUUGCACAAUUUUCGUAUCCACGCUAUAUGAAGAUACAAAAACUGCACGAGUUUCUUACGAAAUUCGCUUAUUUCGAAUAUGUGCCUCCGGAAUCACACACUUUAUCACGUGGCUUUGUCAGCAUAGUUGAUUUUAUUCAAGAAGUAACGAUAGAGUUCGUUAUAAACAAUUUGGGUACUAUGGGCAAGACGGAAAUCAAUCAGCUGAUAAAGGAAAGCCACCUCCAAAUGAAACUCAAAGAUGUUCCAAAGCAUAUUUAUGGGACACUAUUGGGGUCUAACACUCUUCAAAAUGCGUUGAGGUUGAAUCUAAAAGUGUUAGCCAUGCUGGGGCUCAUACAGCUAGUGAAGCAGCCAGCACAAUCAAACAACAGCACCGGCGUAGAAACAUACACAAGUUUCUUAUUCUUCGUAAAUCGUCGCGCGACAAUAUUAGACACUACCGGUAUAUGGCCUAGAACCACUGAAGAAGAAGUUACGGAAAAAUCGUAUUAUUUCGAUACAUUUGAAGAUGUGACCAAGUAUUGGAACGAUGUGUACCAAAUUAGCAUAAACACUGUCAUAGAGGUAGCUAAAAGAGGCAGAAAACAACUAAAGCCGCCACAGAGGUUGGACGAAGAAGUCCAAAUACACGACACUGGAGCUCGGUAUGGCGACGGCAAUGGACCAUGUGGCUUUGACUCGUGCUUCUACAUGGAAAUACCGCGACUUUGGCAAACCUACUACAUGAGGCCUGCACAAAGUCACACUUCGCAAAAGAAUAAAAUAACAGUCAAAUUGCCCAAACUGAAAAUAAGUAAGAAAACUAAACCGAAACCACCUCCAAAAGCGCCAGUGGAGAGAUUUAGGAUUGAAAAACUAUCUCGUAGAAGAAACGAUGGUACAAUACGGUGGUCCAAACAGGACGAUAUGAUCAUAACUAUGUGCAAAGCUGCCAUUGCUAUAAUGAGUCCUAACUCACAACCCGGCAGUGUCAUAGUUAGAAACAUUGCUGCCAAAGAUAUUCUUUCAAUCACGGACCUUAAAAAAACGAAAGUCGUGUGCCACAGGCGAGCCCUAGCACUGGAAUCGGACUGCUCAUUGAUUCAUGAAAAGCAGUGCAUCAUUAACGAACUGAGGAGGAGACCAAAUCUGAUCCAAAAAUAUGAGGGACUCCUGAAGAAGCUGAAGAUUCAAUACUCGACGAAUAUGUCGAAAUUUAUCAACAAAGCUCGUAUUCCCAUGAUGGAGCUGGUGUGGCUAAUAUCUGAGGUCAUGCGAUCUAAAUCGUAUUUCCGACAGGUUCCGUGUGUCGCCUUGGACUUAGAAGAUUUCCAUAAACAUUUCACAAUAAUAACAUCCAUGGAAAAUAAACUGUGUAACAUGUUUAGGAUACCUGAAAAUAUCGUAUUGAAAGAAACAAUCGUACUCACGAUAAUGCAGACUUUAGAUUCUGAUAUCAGUACAGAAAUGGGCAAAAAAAUAUACAACACUUUUAAAAAGUAUCCCGAAAAGUCUUUAAGAGCUGCUGUGGACCAGCUUAGAAAAUGCGGGGCCAUAGCGGCUAAGGAGAAGAUAUUUAACAACCAGAUGCAUAAACAAGAUUUAGAAGACAUAUGUCAUUCGUCGUACAAAAUUUCUGCGCUGUAUCAACGCAAAUGGAGUAACCGUUUGAACUCUGAUUAUGUCGACAAUGUUUAUGCAAUAUUAGAUGCAGAGUCUGAGAAUGAUGUAAAAGGUUCUGCUGAAAUGAACACUGUGUAUUGUGAAAUGCAUGCAUAUGAUGUUUUAGACAUUGUGUCUACGACGGUGCCCGUUAUCACGGCCCCGCCUGGUGCACCAAUUAUGCAAGAAGAGAUCAGCGUUUUGACCAUAGACACUAAAUACAAAUUGAAAACGGGAACAUUGAGGUUGAAAAAUAAAUCUGAUGCAAUCAGUAUUUCUGACUUGUACAAACAUUUGGAUACUGAUAAUGGUGUUAAAUACUUGUCAAGUUACACGGCGAUAGAUGGUAAAGAAAUAAUAAAAUCAAAACUAGAUACUGAAGAUCCUAUAGUGCAACAUUUGAAUGAAAAAGCUGAAAACGGAGCAACAUUUGCGGAGCUCCAGAAUAUUACCGGCUUUGACGACGCACUACUGAUCAAAAAAUUACAAGAACUUGAAAUGAAGAAAGUCGCUAAACGCGUUGGCUUCUACGAAAAUGUUAUCGUCCUUACCAAGCACAUAAAGCCUUGGACGGUUAAAAUAGGGGACAAAUACAUAGUAGUUACUCCAUGGCUGACUUUAAAUGGGAAAAUAAAACUUGAAAUAUUCUUCAAAUGGUGUGGUGUUGUCAUGAAUUUAAUAUUCGAAAAGCCAGGAUCAUCCAUUGUUUAUUUAUCAGAAAAGUGUGAAUUUUUAACAUACAGAGCUGUCCAAGAUAUUUGUAUGUUUCUCGAAAAAUAUGAGUGUAUCAGUCUCUGUUCUGUUAAGGGCCCAGAAGUAGAUUUGUUUUCAGAUGAAGAUUGUGAACAAGAAAUAACUGAAUUUAAUCCUUAUGUUGUUCCCGAAAAGAUUCUAGCGCAUCCCCUGAAAAACUCUCUAACAAUAUUCUGUUAUGUUAAGAAAAAGAUUUUAGAUUCACAGUCAGAUGAUUCGUUAAUGGAUAAGUUAUUUAAGUGUUAAUUGUUUAUUUUUAGAAAACUUUCUGUUGUUAUAUUAUAAAGAUAAAUAAAAAGACCCAUGUA